UGACACACCCCUGACGAAUGUUUCUAAAUAAAGAAAUCACGGAAACUCCUAAAUUUAUCACGAGUGUCCUAGAUUCUAACCCCUGGCAUGGAUUCUAAAAGAUGGGGCCGACUUGCACAAGAGUGCGUUGGUAUUCCGGAAAAUUUGAAGUUUAAUGAUUCAGAGGAAACCUAUGUUGAGGAGAUAGGAGAUGGGAACCUUAAUGUGGUAUUGCGUGUUUACACACAUGAUGGACACAGUAUUAUUGUCAAACACUCAGUGCCUUACAUCAAGUGUUUAGGUGAAGGUUACCCUCUUGGAGUGGAGAGGAUAGAUGCUGAGUACAAGGCUCUUGUGAAAUUUCAUCAGCUGUCUCCUGGCUGUGUCCCACAACCAUACGCCUUUAACAAGCAGCAUAAUGCUGUGUUCAUGGAAGAUCUAGAAGGUUAUCAGAUUCUAAGGGAGUCACUUAUGAAUGGACAAUUUGACAUGAAGGUUGCUGAGAACUUGGGACAUUCCCUUGCCAUUGUUCACAGAGAAACCCACAUAGGCAAGAUCGGGGAGGAGGCAAUAGAAAAGCUAUAUCAGCAUUUAGACAAUUCAGCAAUGGUAAAUCUGACUGCAGAAUAUGUUUUUACAAGACCGUUCAGUAGAGCAGAUGAAACAAACAAAUGUUCACCCGAAGUUUCAAAACAACUAAAGUUAGUGUAUGGAGAUGAACAAGUCCUUUCAACAGCCAGUGAAAUGCGCCAGAUCUUCACAGAGAAGAGAGAAUGUCUAAUUCAUGGUGACCUACAUGCAGGGUCAGUGAUGGUGAAAGGGACGGACACACGCAUGUUUGAUAUAGAGUUUUGCACUGUUGGUCCGGCAGCGUUUGAUCUUGGUGUAGUGGUUGCAAAUUUCAUCUUCAAUUAUCACAGACAUAUGAGUAUAGAAGAGGACAAUGACAGUCACAGAGUGUUUGCUCACAAGAUGGUAGAUGCCUGUAAACUGUUUGUGAACACCUACCUAGAACAUAUGACAGAGAGAUCAGGUGACAGGGAGGACUAUGUGAACAACCUGCUGUCUGAAACAGCCGGAUUUGCUGGCUGUGAAAUUAUCAGAAGGUCAAUUGGUGCAGCACACUAUCCCUACCUUGAGGGGCUUCCCCUGGCUGAAGUGGACUGUCUGGGUGCGGGAAUCAGACUUCUGCAGGCUAGACACAGGAUACAAGAUGUUGACAGACUUCUUGUUAUAGCAUUAAUGCUGGUCUAAAUGAACAGUCAGCAGUGCUAUGUAUUAUUGAUAAUCUAAUUAUAUUGAUUACCUAGUGCUGAUCUAAUAUUUGAUUUCAUUAUAUGACUUUUCUUGACUUUUGCUGGGCUAAAGAUAAAAUAUAAAUAUAAAUUUAUUUCUGAUGUCAUGUUAUAAAGCUGUAUUGAAUGGCUUGCCAGUCUAUAGCACUGGGGAUUUAUAUAAGGAAACAUGUAAUAAAAUCAACUAUUGAGUUAGCACUAAUCAUCAGUUGACUAUGCCAUUCAAUAAGUGUAUACUUGUCUGUGAUUACAGUCAAUUGUUGAUUUCUAUAUAAUUUUAUCUGGGCUAUAUUGGAGUCAGCAUGUCUGUCCAUAUUCUUAACCGCUGGGAAGAUUUUCAUAAAACUUGUAUCAAGAUGAUGUGGAGACCACACAACCAAGGUUGCUAGGUUCAUUGUCAAGGUCACACUUGGAGGUCAGAGGUCAAAUAGCUUAACUUUGUGUCCUCUCCAUAUCUUAUUACUCGCUUGGAAGAUUUUCAUAAUUCUAUCACCAAUUUUUACCUUAUCAAGACGACAUACAGAGCGUACAAAACAGGUCACUCAGUCCAAACUCAAGGUCACACGUGGAAGUCAAAGGUCAAUUUACUUAACUUUGUGUCUGCUCCAUACUUGGAAGGUUUUCAUAAAAUUAGCAUCAAAUAAUUACUGGUAUCUCAUCAAGAACACAUGCAGAAUGCACAACCUGGAUCACUAGGUUCAAGGUCAAGGUCACACGUAGAGGUCAAAGAUCAAAUACCGUAGCUCAAAUUUGUGUCCGUUUCAUAUCUUCUUAACCAUAGGAAGGAUUUUCAUAAAACAAGCACCAAUUGUAAACCUACAUGUAAUCAACAAAACAUGCCGCAUAUGGGGGUAUUAACCCCCUUCAGUGAUACCUCUUUUUAUGCCCCCCUUCGAAGGAGGGGUAUAUUGUUUUGCAGAUGUCGGUCGGUAGGUCAGUCGGUCGGUCGGUCGGAAUGCAGACCAAUCUGUUUCCGGAUGAUAACUCAAGAACGCUUGGGCCUAGGAUCAUGAAAGUUGAUAAGGAGGUUGGUCAUCACCAGCAGAUGACCCCUAUUGAUUUUGAGGUCUGUAUGUCAAAGGUCAAGGUCACAGUGACCCUGAAUAGUAAAACGGUUUCCGGAUGAUAACUCAAGAACACUUGGGCCUAAUCAUGAAAGUUGAUAGGGAGGUUGGUCGUCACCAGCAGAUGACCCCUAUUGAUUUUGAGGUCAAUAUGUUAAAGGUCAAGGUCACUGUGACCCUGAACAGUUUAACGGUUUCCGUAUGAUAACUCAAGAACGUUUAGGCCAAGGGUCACGAAAGUUGAUAGGGAGAUUGGUCAUGUCCAGCAGAUGACCCCUAUUGAUUUUGAGGUCAGUAUGUCAAAGGUCAAGGUCACAGUGACCAGGAACAGUAAAAUGGUUUCCGGGCAAUAACUCAAGAAUGCUUGGGCCUAGCAUCAGGAAAAUUGAUAGUUAGGUUGGCCAUGACCAGCAGAUGACCCCUAUUGAUUUUGAGGUCAUUAGGUCAAAGGUCAAGGUCACAUUGGCCAGGAACAGUUCAAUGGUUUCUGAUCUUCUUGUCCAAAACCAUAGGGCCUAGGGCUCAGAUAUUUGGUAUGUAGCAAAAUCUAGUGGUCCUCUACCAAGAUUGUUCAGAUUAUUUCCCUGGGGUCAAAUAUGGCCCCACCCCGGGGGUCACAUGGUUUAUACAGACUUAUAUAGGAAAAAACUUUGGAAAACCUCUUGUCCAAAACCACAGGGCCUAGGGCUUUGAUAUUUUCUAUAUGACAUCAUAUAGUGGUCCUCUACUAAGAUUAUUCAUAUUAUUCCCCUAGGGUCAAAUAUGGCUCGACCCUGGGGGUCACAUGGUUUACAUAGACUUAGGGAAAAACUUUGAAUAUCUUCUUGUCCAAACCACAAAGACUAUGGCUUUGAUAUUUUGUAAUGUAGCAUCAUCUAGUGGUUCAUUACCAAGUUUGUUCAAAUUAUCCCUCUAGGGUCAAAUAUGGCCCCGCCCCAGGGGUCACAUGGUCCAUAUAAACUUAUAUAGGGAAAAACUUAGAAUCUUCAUGUCCAUAACUUACAUCAUUCAAAUUUGGACCAUAUGUAUAGUUUUGAGUGGCAAGAUGAACUUUGACACGAGUUGACCUUGAUCUUGACCUAGUGACCUACUUUCAGAUUUCUGUAGCUACAGCCUUCAAAUUUGGACCACAUGCAUAGGUUUGUGUACUGAAAAAAUCUUUGACCUUGUUAUUGACCUAGUGACCUACUUUCACAUUUUUGAAGGUACAGGCUUCAAAUUUGGACCACAUGCAUAGUUUUGUGUUCCAAAAUAAAAUUUGACCUUGAUUUUGACCUAGUGACCUACUUUCACAUUUCUCAAGCUACAGCCUUCAAAUUUGAACCACAAGCAUAGUUUUGUGUACUGAAAUGAACUUUGAUCUUGAGAUUGACCUAGUAACCUACUUUCACAUUUCUGAUGGUACAGGCUUUAAAUUUGGACCACAUGCAUAGUUUUGUGUUCCGAAAUAAAAUUUGACCUUGAUUUUGACCAAGUGACCUACUUUCACAUUUUAUUUUUGUGUUCUGAAUUGAAAUUUGACAUUGAUUUUUACCUAUUACCUACUUUCACAUUUCGAAAGCUACAGCCUCCAAAUUUGAAGCACAUUCGUAGGUCUGUCUACCGAAAUGUAUUUUGACCUUGAAAUUGAUAUAGUAGCCAAGAUCACCCUGUAAUCUCUUGUUAGGUUAAUAGGUUAAAGGUCAAGGUCAGAUUAAACCAGAAUGGUAGAACUUUUGUUUACUGUGAGCAUAUAAUUUCUGUUCCAUGUGCAAUUACUGAAUGCAUCAAGGGGGACAUUUCGUGUUCGACGAGCUCUUGUCUACCUCAAGUGUUGCUACACCUGCCAGCCUUGUUUUGGCCCCAGGCUUAAUACAAGUUUUUGGUAUUGGCUCAUUACUUUUAUAAUUCUCAGGACAUGUAAUUUAUUUUGCAUGACAAAUGUUGACCAUGUUAGAAUCUAUUUAAAUGAGAUCGUGUUAUAAAAUAGCUAUUUACAAUAUGUUUUUACAUUGUUGUAGUAUAAAUAGAUACUUGAUCUGUUGAGGCUGCAGAAUUAGGCCAGAUACAAAGACCCAGCUGGACCUAAUACAAAAAACCAUUGCUGUGCCCCAUACAAAGACCUUGCAUUUUAGUAAUAUGCUCAUAAACAUGUUUAUUAACAUUAUGUUGUUAUCAGUUCUGGAAAUUCUUGUCUGUAUUUUAAGUUAUGUUACCACAUUCAUACAUGAAGUUAUUUAAAAUAACACAUGUUUGCCUGGGUUUCUAAAUUAAAACCAUCAUUAAUUUGUUUGCUUAAGAUUCUGUUGUUUGUGCAAUUAUAGUAGUCAGCUACAAGGUUAAACACCAGUUUUGUUGUCAGUUCUGGUCAAUAACUGUAGCAAGAAUGGAUGGCUUUUCAAACUUUGCUCAAAUAUUCACAAUAACAAGACAAACAUGCCCUCCAGUGGUGCAGGUUGCAGGUCAGAUUUUGAGGACAAAGACUUGAAGUAAAUUUUCUUUUCAGUCUAAAAUGUUUUAUGUAUGGAUGUGUAUUCAACUUUGCAUUAACAUUCACCGUAACAAGACUGCAUGCCAAGUGCAAGAUAGAUUUUUAGGACAAAUAUUUCAAGUAAAUGUUCAUUCCAGUCUAUGAUUUUUUUUAUGUGUGGAUGUGUAUUCAGCUUUUCAUCAAACUUGCUCAACAUGUGUAUGGGCAUAAUAUCUUGUCAAAGUUACAUAACCUACCAGAUUGGUCCUUCAUUAACUCAAAAUUAUGAUAAAAUCAGUGUCCACUCAAGUACUGGAGUAUAAACCAAAUUUAUACAGUAUUUAUAUCUCCAUAUAAAACCUAGACUAAGGGUGGUGAUAACCAGACUGAUCCAAUUAGAAUCUUCAUUUAUGGCCUGUGAAUUUAUUAAAAUUACAAAAAUUGAGGGUCUGUUCAAUUGCUAGAGGAUUUUUGAACCAUGUGUAUCUCUUUAAAAUCUAGAUCCGAUUACCAGCCAGUUUGGAUAAGUAUCUUCCUUGAAUUGACAACUAGUAGAGUAUCUUUAAAGUAUUUUGCAUUCUUGUUCAUAUUUUAUCUAUUUUUAUGCAUGGAUGGAUGGAAUAAAAAAUUUGUUACUUAUAAACUUCAGAGAGGUUUACAUCUGUUAAAAGAUUGGAAAAACGUGUCAAAACAUUUUCCCUUUUCAUUUUAACGCACCUUAACCAGUAAGGCACUCCUUUACUUGUUCAUGAUUUCAAGAUAGAUUUGCUGAUACAGCAGGAGAACUUAGGUUUGUAGGUGCCCAACAGUUUUCAUAUGUUGAACAUUAUUUCAUUAUUAUUCCAUGACUCUCGUCAAUAUUUGAUAUUUGCAGUAAACGGGUGCAAUCUGGGAGUCUUAUACUGACUUCCUAGCCAGUCUCGUGAUAUAACAUAUCAGUAGUUCUUUAUAGCUUAACAUGGUUUAUUCAUAAGCACAAGACAACAAAAUGAAGAUUUUGAGAGUUUAUUCUGUAGAAAAAAUCUGUGAUAUUGCAUUUAGUUUUAAAACUGUAUGAAAUAAAAUAUUGAAUAUAACAAUUUCUUUAUUAUGCAUAUAGUAAUAAACCAGUAGGUGAGUAGAAAAGUAGUUUUCUGCCUAGAAAAUGUAUCUAUACCCUAGUUUAUCCUACCAAGAUUGACAAGCAUAUUUUACCAUUAAAUGUAAGCAGAGACUGUAUAUGAAUUAAGAUAGAGCAUUAUUAUUUUGUACAUGUGUAAAAAUGUUACUGUUUUCUUUCUUAUAAUUAAAUCUCACAUACAGCUGUAAGAUCUUGCAUGUCAAACCCUACAAAAGGCUAUUCAGAAUGAAAUCUAGGACAUAUUUCUUGAUGCAUCAAUAUUUCCAAGGCAGAAGAACUAACACAAAAUAUGUGUCUGUAUAAAGUGCAUUAGUUAAAUACCAGUGCGAUAAUGUAAUACAA